GAGAGCUCAGUGUUACCGACCUGUCCACUGAGGACAGACAGAGAAUAAGAAGAAGAACUACCUGAGAAAAGAGGGAGACAAAAUAAGUAAGGACUUCAUCACCAGGAAUUUGGGAAUGAGUAAAUGAUUAAAGGAGGAAUCCAGUUGAGAGCUGCCUAAUAAAAGACGACUGGACAGAAAGAAGAAAGCGAUUCUUCAGAGAGAGAAUUUAAAGUAACCUUCUGAUCUGUCUGUGUGUAAGGACCGGCUGCAGUAUGUUCCUCCUACUCUCCUUGUGUGUGUGGGGUCUUCUGCUGCGGGGGGACGCACAGGACGGAGCUGCUCUGUGGAGGGGGAACGACCGGAGUGGACGAUGCCAGUACACCUUCAGUGUACCCAGCCCUGUCGAGGCUAGCUGCCCGCAGAUGGGAGGCCCCGAGGUGGAGAACCUAAAGGCUAGACUCAGCCUCCUGGAGGUGCUGGUGGCCCGGCUCACUGGAGGGGACACUGGGGGUCCCCAAGGGGCCGGGACCACAGCCAGAGCUCAGUCUGAGCUCCAAGAGGCGCUGAACUGGGCCAAGGGGGAGAAGAGAACGCUUCAGCUGGAGAAAGAGCAUCUGGAGCAGGAGUUGCAGGGGCUUCAGCGCAGGAUGGAGGAGAUGAGAAGGGAGACGGAGAGGCUGAGGGACAGACACUGUCCUCCUCACACCCCCAUCGUGCCACCAAGCCCCCCUCUGCACGACAGUGGCCUGAUGAGACCUGCUGGGGGUUCUCCACCCAUGUCUCACCUGAUGACCAGGCCCAACAGGCAGGGAGACAGCAGCAGUCUGCGAGACUCAGAGUGGCAGUUUGGACCCGCGGGCUUCCAGGAGCUGAAGGCCGAGGUGACAGAGGUACCCGCUCCAGAUGGAUCUGAAGAAAACACAGGUUGUGGGGAGUUGGUUUCAGUCGGUGAGCCGGUCACUCACAGGAAGGCCGAGAGCAUUGCAGGUAAAUAUGGGGUUUGGAUGCAGGACCCUGAGGCGGUCUCCCCUUAUGGGCCCAACAUGGUCUGGCGCAUCGACACCAUAGGCUCUGACGUCAGGCAGCUGUUUGGGUACGACGACAUGGAACAACUCUCCAAAGGUUUUCCAUCCAAGGUCCUGCUGUUGCCAGAGCUGGUGGAGAGCACCGGUGCCACUCUGUACCGAGGCUCUCUGUAUUACCAGAGACGUCGCAGCCGCUCCCUCAUCCGCUUCGACCUGGCCUCCGAGAGCAUCGCAGCCCGUCGGGACCUCCCCCACGCCGGCUUCCACGGCCAGUUCCCCUACUCCUGGGGCGGCUACACGGACAUCGACGUGUCUGUGGAUGAGCAGGGCCUGUGGGCCGUCUACUCCACCAGCAAGGCCAAAGGAGCCAUCGUGAUCUCGCAGCUGGACCCGAACAGCCUGGAGGUGAAGAGGAGCUGGGAGACCAACAUCAGGAAGAACUCUGUGGCCAACUCCUUCAUCAUCUGCGGCAAGCUGUACACCGUGGCCAGCUACGCGGCACCCGACACCAUCAUCAACUACAUGUACGACACCACAACCAGCCGGGGGAAGGCCAUGGCCAUCCCCUUUAGGAACAAGUACCGCUACAACAGCAUGAUCGACUACAACGUGGCUCAGAGGAAGCUGUUUGCCUGGGACAACUACCACAUGGUGUCCUAUGACCUAAGGCUGGCUCGCCAGCAGGCCGUCUAACGCCGCCCAUGAGCGACUGGUGAAAAGUGACAUUUGCUCACCCGUUCCUGCUUCAAAGACAGAGCUUUAGAGCAGGGGUCUUAAGUGUCAUUUUUAGGCCAAGGACCCCUUAACUAAGAGAGAUGGAGCAGGGACCCCCACGACAUAUAGGCCUAUUGUACCAAAUUAAGUUUCAUUUUAAACUGGGCCUACUAUAAAGUGUGUUAUGCCUAAAACCUUACACAUAUCUUUUUAGAGCAUAAUAAGCUUUUAAAAUAACUUUUGGCAUUAUUUGAAAAAGCAUUGCAGUGUGAAUCCUUAGGAUUUACUGUCUGUGGCUACCUUCCCUACAGGCUAGUGAGCUCAUCUUCACUGGGUUUUUUUGUGCAAAUAAGCCAAUUUAUAUUCUCUAAUAUGUUGGUUUAUGUUGACAUUUUAGAUUUAUAUAAAAAUAAUAUAUAUCAAAAAAAAAUUGUAUUGGCCCACUGCAGUAAAUCUGAGGACCCCUUGUUAAAGAUCCCUACUUUAGAGUAUAAUGUACUAAAGAGCCUAUCUACCAAUCUCCAAAGUGAAAUGAAGACAUUUGAGAAACAGUGUCCCCCCCCCCCGCAGGUGUUUCUUUUUUUUCUUUAGUGGGUGGCCUUUUGCUGUGGCAGGGCCCACAAAAAUGUUUUUCAGAGGAAUUAUUUUUGUACCGCCUUUAAUUCAGAUGUAUAAUUUUCUUGUUUCCUUGAUUAUAUAUAUAUAUAUAUAUAUAUAUUUUUGAGGACUGAAAGAUGAAGCAUAGUUGCAUUUUUAAGCUUUUUUGCAUCUUUAAGCUAAGAGAGAUAAUUAAUGAAUACAAAUUACUACACAAACCCCCAUAGGACUACAUGCCCUACAGUGUUUCACCAGUCAACAUCUUGUAUUGAGUAAACUACUCCCUCACUCAGCAUGUUUUGAUUAUUGCAUGUACUUGUACACUGUAGUCAACAUGACAUGUUCUAAAUCGUGAAAUAAACUUCUUCCUGAAUUACA